AUGACGAGAGGUACACGGAGUUCAUCCAGCCUACCGGUCUUCUUGGACCACGCGUAUGAUGACGACAUCUUGGACGACCCCAUCGAGUUCGAUGAGGUUGCGCAAAGCCAGUACGAUAUGACAGCUCGACAAGGGAGAUCGACUUCUAUUGCUUCCUCUCUGAACUUCGUGCGGUCCGAGAUCCAAAAAACAGCUACAGAGUGUGAGGUUGUUUGGGAUCAGAGCCAUAGAGAUGAAAAGCCUAUCGGACCGAUGCGGCAUUUCAUUAAGAACACUGCACGGAAGUUGCGGCGGUUAGCCAAGUUGCUAGGUUGCCGCGAAGGCGAAAUUGCGGCUACAUCCUCUUCUGAAGAGGCGGAGAUUCCUGACGACACCAUUCUGAGUCAAAGCAUUAGUCGAGGCAAGAAGCAAGCCACACGGUCUGCGUACCAGUUGAAGCCGAGGGGCAAGGCUCCACACCGUUACACUCCGGAAGAUUAUGCGAACCGAGGAAAGAAGGCUGUGAUCGAGUCCGAUCAGGAGCCGCCGCGGAGAUCAUCUUUGAGGAGGAUGAGGAACGAUGAGUCGUCAUCUUCAGAGGAGCAGGAGGUGCAGCAGCAAGAAGAGCAACGGCAGCGGACGAAAAGGAUGGCCGUCCGGAAGCAGCCCGUGAGGAGGGGACGUCGAGGAGGAUAG